UCAUGAAGAGAUAUCAAAGGAUUAGUCUAAUAGGAUAAGGAAGUUUUGGAAAAGUAUACAAAGUAAGAAAUUAAGCAAAUGAAUUAAGAGCUUUGAAAAUAAUUGCUAAAAAGGAUUUCACAGAUUAAAAUGAAAUUGAGAAUAUGAAAAAGCUUGAUCAUCCAAAUAUUAUGGCUGUUUAUGAAAUAGCUUAAGAUGAAAAUUAUUAUUAUAUUGUAAGUCAGCUAUGUGAAGGUAUUGAAUUAUUUGAUGAAAUUCACAAAAGAAUUAAAUAACAUUAAAUCUUUUCUGAAGAAGAAGUCAGAUAUAUUUUUAAGUAGAUUUUAAGUGCUAUAGCAUAUGCACAUGAUAAAAAUAUUAUGCAUCGUGAUAUCAAGCCUGAAAAUAUACUUAUUGAUCCUACAGAUUAACAUAUAAAAAUUAUAGAUUGGGGAUUAAGUAAAGAUAUGACAAAUCUUGUUUCAAUAAAAUAGAAAAUAGGAACUAUUGAUUAUGCAGCUCCAGAAGUUCUCUUAGAAAAAGAAUAUGAUUAAAAAUGUGAUUUAUGGUCUUGUGGUGUGAUUUUAUACAUUCUACUAUCUGGUGAAGUUCCAUUUCCAGGAGAUAAUACAGGAGAAAUAGAAAAGAAGAUUGUUUAAUCUAAAAUUAAUUUGAAAUAGAAAGUUUGGAAGACAAUUUCAGAAGAUGCUAAGAAUUUAUUAAAAAAAUUAUUAGAGACUGAUCCUAUUAAAAGAUAUAGUGCAUUGUAGGCAUUAGAAAGUGAAUGGAUUUAAAAGUAAAGUAAAUCAGUUACUAAAGAAAUAUCAUCUAAUGAAAUGUAAUAUAGACUUUAAAAAUUAUCCAGAUUUUGUUGUGAAAGUAAAAUGGUUUAAGCUACUUUUCACCUUAUGAUUUAAUAAAAUUUGACAUUAGAAAAAUAUAAGUAAUUAAGAUAAACAUUUUAAGAACUUGAUAAGAAUGGUGAUGGAAAAUUAAGUAUGGAAGAAUUAAAAGCACAUUGUAAUGAUGAUAUAGAUGUGGAAGAUUUAUUUAAUAGAGUAGAUACUGAUAAAAAUGGAUAUAUAGAAUUUACAGAAUUCUUGACAGCUGCUGUUGAUAUGAAAAAAUUAGCUUCUCAUGAUUAACUUAAAGAAGCAUUCCAUUUAUUAGAUCAAAAUGGAGAUGGAUUUUUAGAAAUUGAUGAAAUUAAAAAAAUUUUUAAUGGGAAAAUAUAAGUUUAAGAUGAAAAUUAAUGGGAUCAAUUAUUAUAAGAAAUGGAUAAGAAUAGUGAUGGUAAAAUAUCAUUAGAAGAAUAUUAAGAAGCUAUUUCUAAAUUUAUUGAUAAUAAUUAACCAUCAUCAACUUUUGCCAGCUAAAAUCCAAAUCCUGAACCAGAACCAAAUAUCAUAAAAAAAGUAAAGUUAACAGAAUCCACCUAUAAGUUAAGGAAUAGGUAAAUUAAUUGAUUUUAUAUUAUUUUAUUGAUAAAUUGGUUUCACUAUAUGAAAAAGACUUAUAACUUAAAAAUUGAAUUAAAGAGCUCAAGUUCUUCAGAAAAAACAUCCCCUUACUUAGACAGUGAUGGCUAGUAUACUAUUUAUAAGUUAUCCAAGGGAAUAUUAUGAUUAUUUUGAUGUAAUUAAAAUUGAUAAUAUAACUUAUGGAGAAGUUAGUACUAAAAGAUGUGGAAGGAUUACUAUGGAAGAUAGAGUAUGUAAUUCUUAGAAUAACUCAUUAGUUUUAAGCUAUUGCAGACUUUGAUGGAAAAUAAUAAUAAUUUUAUUUUGGAGUCUUUGAUGGUCAUGGUGGGUCUUAUGUGGCCAAAUUACUUAGAGAAAAAUUGCAUUUUCAUUUAAAAAAUAAUAAGUUUUUCAAUAUUGAUAUUGAAUAAGCUAUUUUAGAAAGUAUACAUAAGUUUAUAUUUCUCCAAAAAGGUUUUAAUUAAAUGAAUAUUGAUAUUCUUAAAUAAUAACAUUUAUUGAUGAAAGACGGAGGUUCAACUGCUUUAUGUGUUAUCAAUGUAGGUAAAGAGUUAUUUGUAAUCAAUGUUGGUGAUAGUGCUUGUGUAUUGAUUGAUAAAGAUUUCUAAAUUACUAAAUUAAAUUAGGAACAUAAACCAGAUAGAUUAGAUGAAUCAAAAAGAAUUAUGGAUAACAAUGGAUUUGUUUUGACCAUUAAGUAUAAACACAAUUAAAUAGAAAUUAGGCUAGAAUUAAUGGUGAAUUGGCAGUGAGU